AUGACAAAGAAGGAAGCGGAUCGAAUCGCGACACUUAUUUCAUUUGGAACGAGUAUUGAUGUUAUAUUCCACCACAGUGGCAUGUCUUCAGACGAUCGCCAACGACCAGCUAAGAAGUCCAUUAUGGUCUUGCCCACAGUUUACUGA